UCUCACAGCUUUUCCACAACAGUCCACAAAGAAGAAGAGGAGUCCACCACAGACACUGAUGACCUCCACUGGGACUGCACUCCUCUGCACGAGUGGCCCAUGUCCCAUCAUGCUCCAAUAUGUGAGCCAUCUUCUUCCAAAUGUAGCAAUAUAGAACAAGGAUCAGAUAUAGAAAAGGAUCUGGCAGUCAGUCACUCCAUCUCAAACCAUAUUGGCUCCAUUGUUCUCAACCUUAAAGUGUCUCAGGUGCUUCUACAGCAAGCUGAGAGGAGUCUGGAUAAUGCAAAGGCGACACAAACAAGUGUUCCAUGCUUCGAUGAAAUGGAUGCUGGGACAAGUGGGGUUGUGGUGGAGAGGGUGAACAAAGAAAAGGAGGUCAGUGUUGAUGUUGGAAAAGCAAUGGGGCCCCCGUCCAGACAUUAUAUACCCAAAUGGAGCAUCAGUGAAGAAGAUGAGGUCAGUCAGUACAGCUCAGCUCAAGAAGAGAGUUUUGAAAGCAUGUGCUGUCCUUGGAGUAGUCAGAUUGCAUAUGCUUGGGUUGUCAGAGCCCAAGAAAGACAUCACACACCAGUCUUUUAAAAGAAAUUUCCAAGCAAAACCUACAUGGACCAGUGAGGUUAGUGAAGUGGUGGCCCAAAUGGCACGUGGGCGGUUAGGGACAGAGCUGGGUGCUGUGGGCAGCAGUGACAGUGAGGAUAUAGAGGAGCAACAGCUCCAUCUACAGGGCUGGCAGGGACAAAGCAACAGACAUAAUUUUAGCCCACACCAGAAGUCUGAGACCCCAGAAAGCACUGAUCUGGAGCAACUGUUUAAGUGUUUUGCUGGCAUCCAAAGUGAUAGUGAGGAGAGCGCAAACUUCCACACAAUCAACCGCACCUUUGAUGUGACGAAUAGAGUGCUGGAUGCAACAAGCCAAACAGAGGAGGAGGGAAGCUCAGAUUUAGACUAUUCACAGUCACUCGUUGAACCAUCUACUAUGUUCUACACACCCAAACACUACCUGUCCAACAGCUCAGCUGGAGAAGAGCACUCUCAGUCACUGAGCUCAGAGGAGGAUUUGGACAUCACAGUGGAGGUGUGUCGACCCAGCACAUCUCCAGCAGAGGAAAAACAGGCUACAGACAACAUUCUCAAUGAAUACCAGCCUGCUCAAGAGGACUCAAAGGAGACUGAGUCCAUUACCCCUGUGCACAUUAGUUGUUUGCCAGACCUGGCUGAGAUUGCAGAUCUCUCCAGCAUCUCCUGUUCACCUGCCCAGCACCAGCAGUGGGUUGAGUCUACUACAGUACCGCCCAUUUCUCACACCAGGGGACAUCCACCCUGCAACAGCACCCCACGCAGCCCAAGAGGCCGUAGAACAUACCUACGAGACGUGCAGGUCGGCACUAAGUCCCUCCCUGACCUUCAGAGCCUGUUGGACACUUCACCCUGGGGCAGUGCUCCCUCCCUGUCAUUUUGCACAGAGAGCUACGCCACAGCAAGAGCAGGAGACAGCAGCACAACGAAUACGUCUGUGUCCAGCAUCCUGCAGUCUCCAGCAAUAAGAGACAUCUCUAAGGAGGAGACAGACUCACCCCAAAGCGGAAAUGCAGAGUUCACCACUGCUAGCUCUGGAGCCAGACAGACCACAGAGACCAGCCAGGGGGCCAGCGAAGACAUGGAGAGUCCCCAUGGGAAUAAUGAUGUGUAUGAGGAGAGAGAGGAAGUAGGUGAGGACCUACAGCAGCAUGACCAAAAGUACUUUGAUGAAAAAGCAUCUCACAAUGAAGACAUCUCAGAGAUGAAGGAAGGGUGUGAGGAUGAAAUCUCAUGUCUGAUACAAGACCAGGAUCUUGAUCGCAACUCUGCAAAUGUGGAUAGCAAUGCAAAUUCUCAUAGAAGCACUGAUAAGAGUCACAGCCUUGAUGAAACUGAAAGGGCUCACUCCACUCUAGACGAGGAACUGCAAAGAAUGCUUUUGGAGAGAGCCACAGGACAGAGAACCCUUAGGGACCUAGGGCCCAUCUCACAGUCCAAGACUCUGUUUUCUCAGUCUGAUGUGAAAGGAGAGGGGGAUGUCAGAGAGGAGGCAGGCUGCCCUGGUGGGGACCACAUAGAAACAUCAGGAAAUGAGCUGGGAGAGAAGCUUGAGGCAGCUAAUCAAGAAAUCAUGAACUGUCCUCACAGCGUUCUUGAGCCGAUGCCUCUCAAAUCCCAGAGUUGGCCAAACAGCAUUGUUAAAGAGGAGCCCAUCUCAGAUAUCCUUACAGUUUUUGAAUAUGGUGGCAACUAAGUUCUGUUGCAUCUGAAUCAUUUCCAUUUCUGCCGGUACUUCAGGCAUGUUGUUUGUGUUCCUUUAAUGUUAUGCAUUAAUUGUUGAGUCAAAUAAUAUGAGCUUAAAUUAUCCUGCUUUUAAGCUAAAGAUAAAUAGAGAUUCAAAUGCACCUAAUAUAUAGCCCUACGUAGUUUGUUAUAACUGAUCUUAAUAAAUGUUUUUUUCUAGUUAUUCUACAUCUUUUGAAAUUAAAAUAAUCUGUUAUAUGUAAUAUUCCAUAUUUGAUGUUGUUGCUACUAAAAAUCUAUUUUCAGUUAAUUUGAGUUUUAAUAUUUUCAAUAAAGUUUCAUAUUAAAAAUGGACAAGUACAAAACAAAGACACAUUUUAUUGCAUACUGAAGGAAUUACAAGUCACCUAUUUAAAAAAAAAAAAAAGAAGAAUAUACUAUAUUUCAUUAAAAUACAGUGUUCUUCACAUGGGCCUUUUCUAUCUGAAAUGACUUAAAAACAGCUGCUUCUUUUACAAAAGUAGUGCAGGAAACUUGUGCUGGACAAUUUUGCUUCUUUCUAUAAAUCUAAGGAUUCCACAUGAGCUCAUGAUAAAACUGAAUACAGCAGCAUAAUAUUAUGCCGAAGACAUGGGACAAAACAACAAAAAAAAAAAACAGCUAAAC